AUGAGUGAUCCCAAGAUUUACAAGUUGGAAACCACAUUGGUAUAUCUGGAUCUCUUUAGACAGGUGUUGGUGUACUCGGAUACACCUUUAGAGAAAUUUCAUGCGGUCAUUCAAGCUACCAUGGGCUGGUUCAACCGCCAUUUACAUCAAUUUGAAACGAGUGAUGGUCAAACAAUUACAAACAGCGGUUUUAUAAAUGGUGCCUUUGACGCCCAGGACGAAUUGGAUGGUGAAAACAUGACAAUUGAAUCGGUCUUGAAGAGACAGGAUGAAUGGAUGUUGUACACCUAUGAUAUGGAAGAUAAUCGGGAUCACGAGAUUGUUUUGCAAGAAAUUUUGCCUGUGAAUGAGGCCCAGACGUAUCCACAAUGUAUUGGAGGUGCUAAUGCAUGUCCUAUUGAAGACUCAGGAGGCUUGCAAGGAUACGAAGACCUUCUUGAAACUCUAAGUGAUCCAAAUAACCCAGAGUACGAGGAAAUAAGUUGUUGGAUCCUUCGAGUCACUGGUGUGCCCACAUACGAUCCAAGACACUUUGACAAGAAUGAUGCAAACCGUCGUCUGGCAAACCUCAGCUUAUAUGAACAGUAA